CCCACCGGAAACGACAUCAGCCUCCACUAACAACAGUCUCCAAACGUUUACAAGGUUUUGGACCAAAAAUCAAAACAACGCAGGCGGCCAAACGCAGAGGACCGUGAAGGAUGGCGAAUUACCGGGCGUUUCACACCCAACUCGCGACCAUCAUGGAGACGCUGACUCGCGCUGCCGUGGCGGAAAUCUGCGAGCUUGUGGACGACGGAUACGCGGUUUUACACAUCGAGAUCUCGCGCCACCAGAAGGAGAACGAGGAGCUUCGGCGAAAACUGCAGCUCAUUGAGUCGAUUGUCGCGGCGCGGGGGUACAGCGAGGAAAGCUCGGUAACGCGGGACAGCAGUGCCCGAGAAAAGCUGCUGGACCGGAAAACACCCGGAGGAGGAGAGUCAAGCAGCCGGGCCACAGCACUGGAGGUGCGCGAGUUUCGUGAGGAAGGAGACUUGAUCCAAAUGCAAAUCAAAGAGGAAGGCUUCGAGCAUCCGCCACUGGAAGAUGAGGACGAGGAUGAAGACGAAGGUGAAAGCGUCUCCGCAGCGACUCACGACUCUCCUAAGGCGGAUGUAGUUGAGUUGUCAGGGACAGGACUCGCACACGCUCUCGCACUCUCCGGACCAAGACACGCACUCUCACACACUCACGUUUGCAGACACUCACUCUGCGCUGACGAGUCUCAGCACUCCAGCAUUGAUCUGACUGUUUCUGAUAAUGCGUCCUUCUCCCUCGCUCAGACUGCUGCAUCAGACGCUCGCGCCGCUCACCUCCACCGAGUGUUUCAGGAGGACCUGUGCAUGAAGACGGACCUGGAUCCGGUUUCUGAUUGGGCCACACACUCAGUCCGUAACACUCUGGCACAUUUGCAGAACUCUCCACAGGGGGUUGGAGGCUCAGACUCCAUUGUGUCCCAUAAUUCUCCGUUGUUUGCUGCGCAGAGGCUGGUUGCGCUUGGGAACGUCUCUGGGCUGGGGCUCUACGGGCGACUAGGCGCUUUACGCGGAUGCGGGACCAGCAAGCGGCAUUUCAUCUGCUCAAUCUGCGGGAAGAGUUUCACCACGUCUCAGAGUUUGGACACACACAUGCGCAUACACACAGGUGAGCGGCCCUACCGAUGCGAGCAGUGCGGGAAACGCUUCACACAGUCCGGACACCUCACGGCGCACCAGACCGUCCACACCGGGGAACGACCGUACGAAUGUAGUCGCUGCGGGAAACGCUUCGCCGGGAAACAGUACCUGCGCAUUCACACUAAAAAACACCAUCCCGACCUGCACGCGCUCGCUCAACUACAGUCUCAAACACAGCAGGACACACUACCCUCAGGGAGUUUGUAGAUAUUUAUAGAUUCUAGAAAUGUCCUGAGAAGAGUUUCAAAUAAAGACCUUCAUAUUCCAGAGUGUCAUUUUGUAGCAGGACUUUUCCCAGGUCUUUAUUUUGAUAAAAUCAAGCAGUGAGAUGCAAUGAAACACACUGAAGACAGCAAGCGUGCAAUAGGAAGAUGAUGUGAGCACAUGAAGACACUGAUUGGUUAAACCUGAAAUGUGAUCCUGGACCACAGAAGCAGACUCGUGUUGCAUUUAGGCAUGGACCAGUAUAAGGGCGUACUCGCACUAUGUACAGUUGCCCUGAACCCGUCCAAAGCACGCCUGUCCCCCUCCCGUCUCCCCCGACGGCCCGCACUCACAUUACAUUUAUGCCUGGGCGCGCUUGCGUCAUCGAUGAUGCGCUGUUCAGUAAGCGCUCUCGCUCAGCACAGUGGAGAUUUCUUCAGUUAUAUCCUUUAAGUUGUUUGAAAUGCAGUGACACGCAGUCAAAUAUCUUGCCGAAUAGAUUAGCCACUUUUGAUGCUCAUAAAGUCCUCCUGCUGCAGGAAUUAUGAGGUUUGCUGAAGGUGCAGCUGUCGUGCAGUGAGAAGUUUGAGUCUUUAAUAAUCUACGACAGUUUCUGUUCAUUAAACAGUAAGAAUGAUAAAUAAAUCUAUAUGAAACAGUCCCCUAAAAGUCAAUUCUCAUCGUCGGCGCGUUUUACACUCACACUACAUGCGUACCGCGCCAAAGCCCAAGUGAACCGUGCUCUGGCACACCUCAUCCAAAUGGGCCAGGGACGGCCAAGUGAACCGUGCAUGAGCCCAAUUCAGAGCACUCACACUUCUCAAACGAAACGGGCCUGGGCACAGUUCGGAUAGCAUAGUGUGAGUACGCCCUAAAAUUGUGAUGGUAUCAUAACCUUGUAUAAAGUAUCACGGCUUUAUGGUAUCACGCUAUUGUGAUUACUGCUCUAAAAUUAGUUUUUUAAAACAACUUUUUUUCCCACACAAUAUAUUUUAUUUUAAGAAACUAAACUAAAAAUGUUUUGGUGCAGUAAACACGUCAGGCUGAAUUAUUCAAAUAAAUCCUCUUCAUUGGUUUCAAAAACAAAAAAAGUUUUCUUGACACCUUGACAAAGCCGCUGCACUGUUGUUCAGCUCUAGCGCAGGCCUGGAUGUUGGUGCAUAAGCGAUUAGUUUUUUUCAGAUGUUUUCUGAAUCAUGGGCUGACCAGUAGAUUUUGAUGUGAAGGAUCCUUUUCUGCUGGAGAUAUUGUUGCCCUUAAGACUAAAGCUGCACCAAUAAUAUCCAGCUGCAGACCCACACACGUUUCAGCACAAAUAUGGCGAUUGAGACGGGCGAAUAGGUUUUGUUGCCGAUCGGCAUUCAAUAUAAUAGACCGUCAGAUAAAUAAUAACUGAUAGAAAACUGCUCAGAGUCAAUAGCAGAUUUGCUGAAACAUUGUUAAACGAUCUAAACUGGACCGAUUUCAUUUAUAUUAUGGAUUAAUUAGAAUAAAGUAAAUAAUAGCAAGUUAUUAUGUAUAAGCUGUAAUACAUCUUCAUAUGUAAUACAAAUCAUUAUCAUUUAAAAAAUGUAUAACACAGUAUUUAUAUUUAACUCCAGCGAUUGAAUACUAUUUAUUUGCUUAAAUAAUAGUCAUAAGUGUUUUAACUAAUUAUUUUAAUAUACAUAAUACGAGUACCAAAGGUGCAGAGAUGUUAAAAUGAGCAUUACGGUAAAAUAAUGAAACAAUGACUGAAAUGGGAAACCCUAAACUGUUGAGAAGGGUCUGGCUGCAGACACGAUGCAAUCUCAAACAGGUGCAAUCUCAGCUGGACAUGCGCAUUUAGUGAUGCAAUCUCAGCCGGACAUGCGCAAUCUGUUGAAACUGUUCAGUCACGGAUGGUCUCGAUCGCCAUCUUUGUGAAAUGCAGUAGGUGGCGAUACUGCUCCUGAGUUAGUCGUUGUUAAACAAGAAAAAAAAUAGAGGACUGAUCUGUCAUUAACCUUAUAUAGUUCCCCCCUGCCUAGAUCAUGUCCUGGACUGUGUGUGGGUCUGCGGAGUUGCACUAGUGUAUAUUUUUGGCAUAAGCGAGAAUUGUUGCUUUUUCUUUUAUACCAUUAAAAAUGAUCCAUGAAGGUAUUUCGUAAAGUUCCUACUGUAAAUGUCAGCUAAAUUUGAUUUGAUUAUUAAUGUGCAUUGCUCAGCAGUUCAUUAAUACAUCUUUAACGAAUUUAAUCUUCAUUUAUUGUAUUUAGAUUUUUCCCUCCUCGGAUUCUUGAUUUCUAGAUAUCGUCCUGUCCUCAUAAGUCACACAUCAACAGAAAGUUAUUUACAACAUCUCAGUUUCCAAAUAUUGACACGGGUGUUUUUGUGGUCCAGGAUUACAAACGGAGUAGCAGAUGAAGGCUACAUGAAAUGUACAGGCUAUGUUGUUUUGAGAGUUUGCUAUAAUCUAAAUUAGAUAUAGAUUAUACAUAUAUAUUUGCAACUAGUCACAGCAGAAGCACUAACUGGAUUUGUCUGUGUUGUAUUUAAUAGAAAUAAACAGUUAUUUGAGGAAUUUUGUGGCUUAAAGUUGUUGUUUUUUUG